AUGGGUCGACGCAUGGACCCAGGCCUCCGGGCCGCGGAGGACCCACAACUCCGGGCCGGACCAGGCCUCCGGGCCGCGGAGGACCCACAACUCCGGGCCGGACCAGGCCUCCGGGCCGCGGAGGACCCACAACUCCGGGCCGGACCAGGCCUCCGGGCCGUGGAGGACCCACAACUCCGGGCCGGACCAGGCCUCCGGGCCACGGAGGACCCACAACUCCGGGCCGGACCAGGCCUCCGGGCCACGGAGGACCCACACAUCUGGGCCGGACCAGGCUUCCGGGCCACAGAGGACCCACACAUCUGGGCCGGACCAGGCCUCCGGGCCGUGGAGGACCCAGGCGUCCGUCCCCGAGCUCCCCUCUCCCCCCGCGUCCCCCCGCGUGACGCGUGCGGUGACGUGACCGUGGGGGUGGAGGAAGGGGUGUCCUCCCAGCAGCCCCCGGGGCCGGCGCCGCCAAGGGGCCCCACCCCCACCCUGCUCCUGGGCCCCCCAAUCCCACCUCCCUCCGACCCCCGACCCCUGACCCCUGACCCCCAACCCCGACGGGGGCGGGGGGCAGCGCCGCGGCAGAGGACAAUGGAGGACGAGUCCCCGUCGGUGCCCAACUUCAUGGAGGACGGUGACAGCAACGGGCCCUUCCCGCUGGAGGACCCCGAGGCCACCAGCUCCCCACCGCUGCCGUCAGGACUGGCCAGCGCCGCCAAGCUGCCACCAGGUGAGGAGGAGGAAGAAGAGGUUGAAGAUGGCAGCGGGGAGGCCACCCCGCGUCCCUACCGCUGCAGCGAGUGCGGCAAAGCCUUCGCUCAGAGCUCCAACCUCCUGAAGCACCGGCGGGUGCACACAGGUGAGCGGCCCUACCGCUGUGGGGAAUGCGGCAAGGCUUUCGGCUGGAGUUCGUCCCUGCUGGAACACCGCAAGGGCCACGCCGGAGCCAAGCCCCACGCCUGCGGCGAGUGCGGCAAAGCCUUCAGCCGAGGGUCGACCCUCCUGGAGCACCAGCGCACCCACACCGGCGAGAAACCCUUCCGCUGUGGGCAGUGCGGCGCCCGCUUCAGCCAGAGCUCCACCUUGGUCCACCAUCGGCGGACUCACACCGGCGAGCGGCCCUAUGGCUGCCCCGAAUGUGGCCGGGCUUUCGGUCGUAAGUCCACCCUGGCCACCCACCGGCGGACCCACACGGGCGAGCGACCCUAUGGCUGCCCCGAAUGCGGCCGUCGCUUCGCCGUCAGCUCUGACCUGGCCAAGCACCGGCGGGGGGCUCACGGCGGGCACCGGUGCCGGGACUGUGGCGAGCAGUUCCCCCGGCCAGCAGCAUUGGCCGGACACCGGAAGAAACAUCAUGGUGGCGAUGGCAAGGAUCAGGGUGACACUGCCGAAGACCGCGAGGGCGAUGACUGCGGCGAUGACCGGCCGCACCGCUGCGAGGAGUGCGGCCAGGCCUUCCGGCACGGCAGCACAUUGCUCCUCCACCGGCAGACCCACGCUGGUGCCUUCGCCUGCCCGCUCUGCCCUGAGCGUUUUGAGGGCAGCGCCCAGCUGGCCCGGCACCGGCGGCGCCGGCACGGUCCAGCGGCCAAGCCCUACCGCUGCGAAGCUUGCGGCAAAGCCUACGCCCAGCCCGCCGGGCUGCGGCACCACCAGCCAGAGCAGCCGCUGGGAUGUCCCCACUGCGGAGCUGCCUUCCUCUGGAGCUGCCGGUUGGCCCGGCACCUCCGGGCUUGCCGGCCACCUGCCAAGCCCUACAAGUGCCCGGAGUGUGGCAAAGCCUUCGGGCAGAGUUCCAAGCUUCUCCGGCACCAGGUGACCCACACCGGCGAGAAGCCCUACAAGUGCCCUGAGUGCGGCAAGAUCUUCAGCCAGAGCUCCAACCUGGCAGAGCACCGGCGGACCCAUGGGGCGGGUGAGCGGCACUUCUGCCCGCUCUGCGGCAAGGGCUUCGCCCUUGGCUCCUACCUGGCCAAGCACCGGUUGACCCACACCGGCGAGCGGCCCUACCGUUGCACCGAGUGCGGGAAGGCGUUCCGGCAGAGCUCCAACCUCAUCCAGCACCAGCGGACCCACACCGGCGAGCGACCCUACACCUGCGGGCUCUGCGGCAAGAGCUUCUGCCAAAACUCCCACCUGGCCAAGCACCGGCGCACCCACACCGGCGAGCGGCCCUACCGCUGCGGGGACUGCGGCAAGAGCUUCCGGCAGAGCGCCAAUCUCCUGGAGCACCGGCACACCCACACCGGUGAGCGGCCCUACCGCUGCGCCCAGUGCGGCAAGACCUUCGGGUGGAGCUCAGCCUUCAGCAAACACCAGCGUCCAUCAUGGUGCCCCAAGGCCAUGGCUUCAUCUUGGAGGGCUGUUCUGGGAUCCCUCGUCUUGACCCAGGUCCACCAGGUGCCCCAAGGCCAUGGCUUCAUCUCGGAGAACCACCCCAAGAUCCUCAUCCUGGCUCAGGACCACGUCUUCGUCUUGGAGGACCACCUUGGGAUCCUCAUCCUGCCCCAGGUCCACCACGACACCCCAAGGAAGUGCCGCUCUCCCGCCACCAUUGUCCGGAACGGGCAAAGCGCCGCCGUUUUGGGUCGAAAAACGCACGGAUUGGGCCUGCUGGCGCUGGGGAGCUGCCGGGGCUGGGCUGCCGUGAUGGAGCCGGGGGAGGAGCGUCCUCCCCAGGACCGGGGUGAUGGGGGCGUCCCCACGGACCCCUGCGCAGGUGCCAUGGCGCCGGCCCGCAGCGGUGGUCGCCCACGUGGCUUCAUCAACCUGCUGGGUCUCCUGGAAGGCGGCAGGACAACGCCGAAGCCCUACCGCUGCACUGAGUGCGGGAAGACCUUCGGGCAGAGCUCCAACCUGAUCGAGCACCAGCGGACCCACACAGGCGAACGACCCUUCACCUGUGGCCAAUGUGAGAAGAGCUUCAGUCGGAGCUCCACCUUGGCCGAGCACCUCCGGACCCACACCGGUGAGAAGCCCUACGCCUGCCCAGUCUGCGCCCGCGCCUUCAGCCGCAGCUCCACCUUGACCGAGCAUCGCCGCACCCACACCGGCGAGACGCCCUACGCCUGCCCCGAGUGCGGGAAGACCUUCGGACGGACCUCCAACCUGGUCAAGCAUCUCCGGACCCACACCGGGGAGAAACCCUAUGGCUGCGGACGCUGCGGGAAGACCUUCAGCCUCAGCUCCAACUUGGUCAAGCACGAGAGGACCCACACGGGGGAGAAGCCCUUCUCCUGCGGGCAAUGUGAGAAGCGCUUCAAGAAGAAGACCCACUUGGCGUCCCACCAACGGACCCACACCGGCGAGCGGCCCUACCGGUGCGGGGAGUGCGGGAAGGCCUUCGGGCAGAGCUCCACGCUCAUCGAGCACCAGAGGACCCACACAGGCGAGCGACCCUUCCGCUGCAGCGCCUGCGGCAAGAGCUUCUGCGUCAGCUCCAACCUGGUCAAGCACCAACGCAUCCACACCGGCGAGAAGCCCUAUGGCUGCGGGCGCUGCGGCAAGCGCUUCCGCUACAAGCCCCAGUUCACCCGCCACCUGAAGGUCCACCCCAACGAGGACCCGGCGUGUGGCCCGUAGGAUGCUCGGAGGUGGAUGGGGGACGCUCACCAGGAGAGGAUGGGCGCCAGCAUCUCGGUGGUGGGGUGCGUCGUCAUGGUGUCCCCAUUAGGACCUAACGAAGGAGCGCGGUAGCACGGCAUGGUGGCCACCAUGCUGUGGUUGAACCUGGCACGUGGCUUCUGGUGCUGCUUGGAGAUGGAUUGGGGACGCUGCGGGGGCUCAA